AUGGGUGUGUAUUAGUGCCUUUUCUGUCGCUGUGAUAAAACACAGUGUCUAAGGCACUUCAUAAAAGAUUUUAAUUUUGCUUACAGUUUCAGAGGAGGAUGGGAUCACCAUCAAAGUGGCAACACUAUUGUCACAAACUCUCUUCAGAUGUGCUGUUAUCUAACCUGAAAUGGAUGUCAAUCAUUAGUCAAGGCUACAUUUUAACUCCUGAUUCUCAUGUGUCAGCCUCCUGAAUACAAGAUAAAAUAUAGAAUAUGUACCCUAAUGUGUGCUCCAUUAUCAACACAUUUUAACAGUUCUAAUGUUAAAAUGUUCAAUAGAAGGGAAUAUAGCAAACAUUGUAUUCUUCAUAUGUAUUCAAAAUAGUUUUUCAUCUAUCUGCCAGAGAUAUAAUGAAGUAAGAUGAUUCGCCAUCAGCUGUAUAUCCCACAGCAUAGCUUCCCUGUUGUGGAUGUGCACAUAGCAUUUGAUGCCUCUUCAUGUUCCCAUUGUUACCAUUGGGCACUUCAACUUGAAGUGUGCCUUCCAGGGGGAUUAGAGAUGCUAGAUAAUGAAAUAGCACCAAGAGUUAUUUUUAAUAAAGCAUUUCUUCUCUCUCUCUCUCUCUCUCUCUCUCUCUCUCUCACUACCCUCUCCCCCUCUCUCCUUCUCUCCCUCUCUCCCUCUCUCCCUCUCCCUCUCCUUGUGCCAGUGUGUGUGUGUGUGUGUGUGUGUGCGUGCGUAUGUAUGUAUGUAUGUAUGUAUGUAUGUAUGUAUGUAUGUAUGUAUAUAAUGUGAUUAUGGGUUUUUAAGCCAUGACAGGUAUGUGGAGACUGGAUAACAACAUUAUAUACUUUGGCCAUUUUUUAUGAUUAUCAAGGUGAGGUUACCAGCAUUGUAUACCUUAGACAUUUCCUACUGAGCCAUCUUGUUGAUGUGCAAAUAAUAUUAGCUGUAACAUUACAACAUUACAGCAGUAAAAUAUUGUCUUCUUUUUCAGACUGUAAAGAGGAAGUCAUUUUUUGCUAUUGUCAUUUCCAUAAGAAUAAGCAGCCUAGUUUUGGGAAUCGCAUCCACAGGCAGGGAACAGAGUCAGGCACUCUCCCUGCUCUAGUUCUUGAGGAUCUUGCUUGAAUAUCAAGCUGCACAUAUGCUACACAAUACAAGCCCAUGAGUGCUCUUUGAUUGGUGGUUCAGUCUCUGGGGACACCCAAGUGUCCAGGUCAGUUGACUCUGUUGUUCUACUGUGGAGUUCUUAUGCACUCUGGGUUUCCCAAUCCCCCAUGCAAAUCCUCCACAAGACUGUUGGAGCUCUCUCUAAUGUUUGGGGGUUAGAUUCAACUUAUACAGUUGCUGUCUGGAGCCUGUAAGAAGACACUUACGUUAGGUUCUGGUCUAUAAGCAUGACCAUAUCGUUGACAGUGUCAGGGAUUGCUUCUUGUCCAUGGGAUGGGUGUGAAGUCAUUGGUAGGUUAUGCCCUCAGGCUCUCCUCCUUCAUUGUUUAUGCACCGCCUGUAGGCAAAAGGUUUUGUAAGUGAGUUGGUAUCAACAUUUCUUCACUAGGGGUUUUGUUUGACUACAGGAGGUGGUCACCUCAGGCUCCAUAUCACCCAGUGCUAGGAGUGAGUCUCAGCUACAGUCAUCCUCCUGGACUCCCUACAGCCUUCCCCCAUUCCACAUCUCUGCCACAUCCUAGAGAUGUCCUCCAUCAGCCUGCAGCUGCAGCUCUCCACCUCUUCCCCCUGCAAUGUUCCCCCAGCCUUCCCCUCACGUCCCCUCUCCCACACAGUUGCCCCUCUCCCACACAGUUGCCCCUCUCCAUUCACAACUAAAGACUGCUAUUUCCCCCUCUGAGUGAGAGUCAAGCAUUGUUCCUUUUACCCUUGUAAUUUAGCUUCUUUGUGUCUGUGGAUUGUACCAUGGCGAUCCUAUAAUUUGUGGCUAAAAUCCACUCAUAAGUGAGUACAAUUGAGGUAUGUCCCUUUGAGUCUAGGUUAUCUCACUAGGUUGUCUGAUUUUUUUAUAGUUUAAUCCAUUAUUUUUCCUUGUUUUAAUAUCUGAAUAGCAGUCUAUUGUACAAAUUACAUUUUUUAACUGUUCUGUUGAAGGACAUCUGGAUGGUUUCUACAUUCUGACUAUUACAAAUAAAGCUAUUAUGCACAGAAUGGAGCAUGGAUCCUAUGGUAUGGUGGAACAUAUUUUGGGUGUAUGCUCAGGAGUUGUAUGGCUGGGUCAUGAGUAGAAUUAUUCCUAGUUUUCUGAGAAACCACCAGAUUAAUUCGCAGAGUGGUUGUACAAUUUUGUACUCCCACCAGCAUGGAGAAGUGUCCUCUUUGCUAUACACCCUCACCAGCAUGUGCUGUCCCUUGAGUUUAUCUUGGCCAUUCUGAUGGGUAUAAAGAUAAAUAUUAGUGUUAUUUUUAUUUACAUUUCCCUGAUGACUAAGGACAUUGAACAUUUAAGUGUUUCUCAGCCAUUAGGGAGUCCUCUUUUGAGAAUUCUCCAUUUAGCUCUGUACCCCAUUGUAAAUUGGGUUAUUGGAUUUGUUGGUGUCUAACUUCUUGCACUCCCUAUGUAUUUUGGAUUUUAGCCCUCUUUUGGAUGUCAGUUGCCAUUCUGUAGUCUUCUACUUUGUCCUAUUGUUGGUGUCCUUUUCCUUUUCAGUUUCUUGUGGUUUUCUUUAUUUAUUGAUCUUAGUGACUGAAACAUUGAUGUUCUGCUCACAAAGUUUUUUCCUAUACCAGAAUGGAUGCCUAUGCUCAAUUUUCUAUUCUAUUAGAAUCAGUGUAUCGUGAUUUAUGUUGAGGUCUUUGAUCCAUUAGACUGGAUUUUUGUGCAGUGACAAAUAGGCAUUUAAUUGCAUUGUUCUACACACAAAAAUCCAAAAAGAUCAGCCUCAGCUGUUGAAGAUACUUUCCUUUUUAAAAAAAACAUUUAUUUUAUGUAUACAAUUAUCAGACACAGCAGAAGAGGGCAUUGAAUUCCAUUACAGAUGGCUCUGAGCCACCAUGUGGUUGCUGGGUAUUCUCAGGAGUUUACAGCAGCUCCUUGUAAAAAAGGACACUGUCUGAGAUCCUGAGAAGCAGGAGACACAUCCCUCCAGGUGACCUGUAAUUUGGAAUAAGGGACUGUGUGCAGUAGGCCAGGAUGUCUAUUUUAUUAGACAUUAGAUAUUAGAAUGUCUAUUCCAGCUUGUUUCUUGGGUCACUUGCAUAGAAAACCUUUUUCCAGCCCUUUUUAUACUGAGGUUGUGUCUACUGUUGGUGCUGAGGAGUGUUUCCUUAUAUGUAGCGAAGUGAAAGAUCUUGUUUAUACAUAUACUUUGUUAACCUGCGUCUUUAUAUUGGGGGAGUUGAGUCCAUUGGUGUUGAGAGAUAUACAUGGCUAAGGAUUGUUAGUUCCUGUUAUUUUGACAUUAGUGAUAAUACUAUGUGUGUAUGCAUAUAUCUCUAUCUAUCUAUCUAUCUAUCUAUCUAUCUAUCUAUCUAUGUAUUUAUCUAUAUGUGUGUGUGUGUGUGUGUGUGUAUCCCACAGACACAGUGAUUCUACCACCACGCUUUCACUUUCAGACAAGCACAGCCUUUUCUUGGGAGGGGUAAAAACUGACAGGAAGUUUUUCAACACAAAGUUAUUCUCUUCUCUCUCGGCUCUCUUUCCUUCUCACUUGAUCACAGCUCGAGGCUGCACAUACUCUGCAUUCUUUUGUACACUCUGCUUUAUCCUGUGUGCUCUUUCUCUUUUUUUCUCAAAAUUUCACACGCCUACACACCUCUACUCAACUCUCACUCCCACACACUCUUCAUAACACCUCACACACCACUCACAUAUAUACUUCUUCACACACACCUCACACUCUCUCUUCAGUCACUUUUCACAUGCUCUUUUCAUUCUCUCUCUCUCUCUCUCUCUCUCUCUCUCUCUCUCUCACACACACACACACACACACACACCCCUCACUCUCUACUUGCUCUCCAAUUGCUCUUCAUAUGCUCACACAUGCUCUCCACAUUCACCUCACUCGCUAUCUCUAGCCUUUCUCUUGCCCCAGUCUUUUAUUGACUCCAAAACCAGGUAAAAAAGACAUUGUAUAAUCAUUGCCAAAUCAAAUUUAGAAUAACCACAUCCUACAAAGAAUUAAGAAUUACAAUUGUUCCCCAAAGUUGCAAGCUUCCCCUAGUCCCAGGCCUGUAGCCAAACUAAUAAUAAUUGCAAAGUUAUCAUUAUUUAAACGUUACCUUUUGACUUACUGUACUUCAGAGCUCAAAGCUCUGAGGUCAGCUACUUGCAUUUUCCUGUCAAGCUCUAAUGAUAUAUGACAGGACCAAAGCUGCCAGGCAAUGGUCAGAAAGAAUCAAGUUAACUCUUUACUCAGCAGUCCCACUAGCUUUCUGCUCCUGCCCAUUGCACACAAUGAUUCUCUUCAGAGUCCCAGUGUUUUGACUUAGCUGUGCUAGUAUAAGAUUUUACAUAUUCUAUACUUUCUUAUCCAGGAACCACUCUCAAAUGUUGUGCAAAACUUAUUUCAUAACUUGAAUAGUUUUUUUCCCUUUUUCGGGGAUCCCAAUGUUUGCUUUAAUUCAUUUUCUAAUAAUUUCUUCACACUUUCUUUGCAAGUCAAGCAUUAGCCUGUAACUACCAUUGUGCAAUUAUUAGAUUGUUUCCAAGAUGAGAACACAUAGCAUUCACCUAGGCCAUUAGGACUGUGCUGUGCUGUACCCCUAAGCCUCAAUUUUUAAUUGUUUAAGAAUCAUUACAUCAGGGAACAUUUAGUUUCAUAGAAUUCACCAGAGCAGAAGGAAAAAGAAAUAGGAAAGCCAGAUAUAAUAGGAUAAUUAUGCACACCAAGGCCCACUGUAAAGAAGUCACACACAAAUGAAAUCUAUAAAGUCGUAGUCCAGGGCUUUGAUUAGGAGAAAUGGAAACAACUGUUUUUUACAAAGAGCUGUCCUGGAGACUGAGAUGUCUCUUUCCUGGCCUACUGCAGGCAGUCCCUUAUUUCAGAUGGUGGAUCCCCUGGAGGGAUGUGUUGCCUGCUUCUCAGGAUCCUAGACAGUCAGCACUUUUUUUUUAAACAAGGAGCCUGUUGAUUGUCUUUCAGCUCUAGGCAUGGGCAGGAAUCAGAAGGGUCCUGUCCCUGAUUGUUCCUAGGUCCUUGCACCCAGAAGGCACAGUUGGUACUAGGUGAUUCCCUCUUGGGUCUGGAAUGUGGGAAGAGGGUUGUCUCCUCUGAUUUCUCAGGAGUGUCUGCACUUCUGAGGAUCCAGCUCUCUCUCCCACAGGAUUUGGGUGCAGGGAGUUCUUUGGCCGGUUCAGUUCAGUCCUUCGGGCAUACCAGAACGGCAGGUACCGGGGACUGACUGGUUCCUGUUUUCCUGUGUCCAGAAGCACUGUGCAGUUUCCCGUUGGACCAGGGAUGUGGGCAGGAGUAUGCAGAAGUGGCAGUCUGUCCUACAGUCUCAGGGUGUCUGACCUCAGGUUUUUUUAUUCUAUGGAUUUUUGUGGUGUCCUUGACCCCUCUUGAGAAAUACAAAAUAGAAAACUAGUCCCUAGAACUUUUGCCAGUCUGAUAUUUAACGUGUCCUGGGAGUGUUGUCUGAUGACCGACUCAUUGAUGGGUCCAGGAAGCAAACUCUAAUGAGAAUGAUGAGUCAGGGACUGGGUUCCAUCUUUUUUCACAGCCAUCAGGAUGAACAGGAUCAUGAAGAGGCUCGUUUUCACGGUGUGCCCCGGGAACCUCUUUUGUGAUCUAGCAUUCAGCCUGUAAAGUGGGACAAUGGAUGUCAUAUCACUCCUCUGUAUCUGUUUCCUGCCAACCUUAGGAUGGGCAAAGGGAUACUGGAAGGCUGAGAUGCUAGUCAAUGGGGGAUUUAUCAGACGCUGGUACUGAUGAAAGAGAAGGAACUAUCACUCCAGCUGGACUGGUUAACAUCAGCUUUUAGCAUUUCCAGAGUUCAGCAGUCCCACAGGUGAUCCCUGGAUCCCUGGAUGGAGUCUGUCAGCCAGGUGAAAGAGUGCUGAGAUGAGUGCAGACUCGCAACAGAAAUUGAAAUUGUCUAGUAGUUGAGGAAGGUAAGAAAUCCCAACACCAAGGGGAAAAUCCCAUUUUUAAGAAUAAGCAGGGGUUUUGUCCCAGUCACCAUCAACCUCAGUUGCAGCUGUGCCUUGCUCCUCAACUUGGCACUAAUGCCUACAGAGACAGAGAGAUGCAUUGAGUCCCUGAUUGCUCUUUUCCAAAAGUACAAUGGGAAGGAUAAAAAUAGCUGUCAACUCUCCAAAACUGAGUUCCUUUCCUUCAUGAACACAGAGCUGGCCACCAUUAGGAAGAACCAGAAAGACCCCAGUGUCUUUGACUGCAUGAUGAAUAAGCUGGACCUCAACAGUGAUGGGCACCUAGAUUCCCAAGAGUUUCCCAACUUUAUUGGUGGCUUAGCUAUAGCAUGCCAUGAGUCUUUCCUUCAGACUUCCAAGAAGAAUAUCUAACCCUGUCCAUUCACUUCCUGCCAGCAAGUCAUCACCUUCUGCACCCCCACACCCCAUCCACACCUGGGCUAAGCCUACCACACAUACCACACAUGCAGCCCACACCUGAUUGGGAAAAUAAAACAAUGUCAUUUUUUAAUGUAAAAAAAUUAAGCAGGGAUGCUGAUCUGGAGUCCAUUUAAUCUGUGGUAGGCAGAUCCACGUCUGUGGUUUCUUGAUUUCCUGAAGUUUGUGCUAACUUUUGCUUACUAAAGGAUAAACAUAAUUUCUUGCCAUUGUAUUGAAAUCCAUGUUUUAGAAACAGUAAGUAACUUGUGUUUGUUAUAAACUAGAAGUAAACUCAUGCCUCUAAGACCUAGUAAAAGAUAUAGGCUUAAAAGCCACAGAACAUGGGUUCGAUCCCCAGCUCCGAAAAAAAAGAACCAAAAAAAAAAAAAAAGCCACAGAACAUUUUCUUGUCCUGACAGAAAGCCACAUACGAAGCUUGAACAGAGAAGUUUUUAGCAGAAGUAGAAGCAUCUUUUUGUUUGUUUAUAUUCAAAACACAACCAAAUUGAAAUGAACAUCUUGAGCUUGUGGCUGAAAUGAAAACUGCCAGCGUUCCAUUAUCUUAUCAGAACUCCAUUGUUCAAUGAUACUUUUUUUCUUUUUUUCUUUUUUUUUUUUUUGGAGCUGGGGACCGAACCCAGGGCCUUGCACUUGCUAGGCAAGCGCUCUACCACUGAGUUAAAUCCCCAACCCAUUGUUCAAUGAUAAAAUUUGGAAUUUGAAAUAGCAAUAGUAUGCAGUGGAAAUAUGAACCCUUUCCCAUUUUUUAUACCUUUCUUAUAUCUCUAUAACUUCAUAUGCCUUAAAAUAAUGUUUUAGAACCUAAAAUAAUUAUAACUUUCAUUUACCAACUUUAAACAUCUUUCAUCUGAAGCAUUUUUAUUUUUAAAUCACCGAUUCAAGUUGCUUUACAUCCUCUAAUUUUCAUUACUUGCAUUUAUCAAUCUCAAACAUUUUCCAUAAAUGUUUUUCUAAGACAUUAAGUGAGUUCAAAUUUUAUAUUUUUUCCCACCAAUAAUUUAGUAUGAGGUGUGGGUGGUUGGGUGGAAGAACAUCCUCAUACAAGAAGCGGGGGGUAGGGGAUUUAUGGAUGGGAA